AUGCAAGAAGCCGCUACGAAUGAAAGAUUGACGGAGCUUUUUUCUUCAGUUUCAUCCCUUGGAAUAGCGUCGCCGGAAGAUUGGUUGCGGCUGAAAAAACUCCGUUUUUUCCAUCUACCUGAACUUUCAUGUCGAACCGUUACUAGGCUUUUUGCAAUACUUGUUGAAAAGAGCGUCUGUGGAAACGUUGAAUGCGUACGGAUACAGGGUAAAUUGUCUCAGCUGAAUUUUACAGAAAACCUGAGGGAUUAUGAAUGUUUAGAAACACUUCAUUGUAUCACCACUGUCGGUUCCCGGUUAUCACCUAGUUUCAUACCACAUGCUUUAGAAUCCAUUCAAGGUUUGGUAAAACAGUGUCAAACAGAGUUGCUACCGACAUUAUCGUACACUAUUGGAAGACUUAUUACUUCAAAAGAAAAUAAAUGGAUUUCCGUUGAGGUCAAGCACUCUCUUCUGGAAAGCUUGCUUGUAAUAGUGGAGUCAAUCGACUGUAUGUUGCUCAGUCAACGCGAAGUUAUUUACAUUUUUUUGGGCCUUAUCUACGUUCUGGUCACCUAUUGUAGACCUGCGAAACGCAUAUGUGAAAACCUUGGAUGCCCUGCUGUUGCGCGGGAUUGA